UGUUAUUUCAAAACCACACGGUUUUUAUCUCCCUCCAAAAAUUUCUCAACCCGGCAAAAGAAGAUGGCAAUUUUCUCCUUCCGUCCGCCCUCGCUCUCGCCCUCUCCUCUCCCCCAACCCAAGCGUUGUCCUUUCCUCAUACCCCCAAUCGCUCCUCUUUCCGUUGCCUCAGAGCCUCGCCAUCGCCGGAUCCUGCGGCCGGGGGCAGCCGCGCCGGAGAUCGGAGCCCUAGGGGAGGACCAGAGGAGCACUGUGCCCUUGCCCAAGGAGGAAUCGGGCGUGGCGGCCAGCGUGAAGGUUCUGAAGGCGGCGGCGAAGACCAGGAAGGUCUCGGCGCCUGAAGUCCUCGCUGCCCUGGCAGUGAUCAAGAAGGAGAAGGCUAACCCGACCUCGUUUCUUGAAACCCUCGGAGGGACAGAGUCGCCGGGGAGGACUUGGAUGCUUAUCUUCACCGCCCAGGGUCGGCUGGAGAAGGGUCGAUAUUUCCCAGUCACUGCAGUUCAGCGAUUUGACGCAGCGGCAAAAAGGAUUGAGAAUGGAGUAUAUCUGGGGCCUAUUGGAUGUCUGACUUUUGAGGGCAAAUUUUCAUGGAAGAACAGAAUGUUGGCAUUCAUUUUUGAGAACAUCCGUAUAAAGGUUGGGAUACUUGGUCCGGUGCAAAUUAAUCUGGGACAAGCAGAAAGGGAGCCCACUACCAAAGAUCCCUUCUUCAUUUGGUUGUAUAUAGAUGAGGAAAUUGCAGUUGCACAAGGUAGAGGUGGAGGCAUCGCAUAUUGGUGCCGAUGUCAUCGUGUCACAUAGUUAAUUUUUAUAUUCAUUUUUGUUCGUAGCCUUGAAUGAACUUGAAGUUCAUUGAACUUCUAAAGUGUACUCAUCUAUGUAUUUGUGUUCAUUCUUAGUCUUGAAUGAAGAGAAUGAAGUAUUGAUUCAUUAGAA